AUGCGCCCCUCCCGCAUCUGGGCCUCCGCCCUCACCCUGAGCACAACCCUCGCCCAAGGCGACCUCGCCGCCCUCCUCUCCUCCCAACCCGACCUCAGCGAACUCCUCGCCCUCGUCUCCCUCAUCGACGGUCUCGCGCCCACCCUCUCCUCCGCCACAAAUAUCACCAUUUUCGCCCCGACAAACGCCGCUUUCGCCGCCGUCCCCCGCGACAUCCCCGAGGGCCAGGCCAUCGAGUUCAAAAACGAUACUGCGGCUAUUGGGGCGCUGCUUGCGAAUCACGUCUUCAAGGGCGUGUAUCCGGCGGAGGUGGUGACGGAGAUCCCGACGUUUGCGCAGACGCUGCUGAAUAGCUCGUACGUUAAUGCUAUCCAACCUUUUUCGGAUUUUACAGGCGGAGCGUAUAAUGGACUUGUGAAAAAUGGGGAAGAGGUGUGUGUGUUGAGCGGAGAGCAGACGAUUUCGAAGGUGAUAGAAGCUGAUAUCAAACUCGGCGAGGGAAUCACGAUUCACAAGGUUGACACGGUGCUUUCGUUUGGCGCCCCCUUCCAACUCUUCACCUACCGCGCCGGCUACACCGCCAUGAAUGGCGCUUUGCAAGCAGCGCAGCUUGCCAUCGAUUUUGGACUCAACGGGCCCGACCAGGUCGGGCUGAAUAUAUCUGACUUUACUAUUUUCGUGCCGGAUAACGCGGCGUUUGAAAAUAUCGGAUCCGUCGUCGGUUCCGCGGACAAAGAGACGCUCCAGACGGUGCUGAAGCACCACAUCAUACCCAAGAACGUUAUUUUCUCGCCUAGCCUGGGUAACGUGACGGUGAAGAGCAUGGCGGAUGAGGACUUGGUGUUUACGGUGCUACCGGAUGGCAGUGCGUGGGUGAAUGGAGCAAAGAUUACGUUUGUGAACACGAUUUUGUACAAUGGCGUGGCACAUGUGGUUGAUGGUGUCUUAAAUCCCCUGGCGCCAUUCGACCGCGCAUCACUUCAGCCAGAAGCCCCAGCAGCCGAACGCACGGCGUUUCCCAGUGCAACCCGUGUGUCGCCGCUGCCGAUACCGAGUGCGUCGCUGGCGUUUUUCGGAGAUGCAAUGACGUAUACGACUACGCCUGAGUUGCUGAAGACGCUGGCGCCGCUGGCGGUUCCUACGCCGACGAGUGCGAGUGCUGCUGCGACAAGUAGCUCUGCUACCACUCCGCCUAUGGAGAUGUUUACGGGUGCUGCGGCAGGUGGACUGGCACCAGCGGCUGGUAUGGCUGUUGUUGGAGCAGCGGGGCUGGCUGCUGUGUUUUUCUAA